ACAAUUUUAUCUGCUUCCUGUUAUCUCCAAUCUUGGCUCAUCGUAAGCACAUCUGAUAAUUAUAGUAACUGGUGUUUUCAAUAAUAUCAUUGAAUUUUCGCGUCUAAAUUUUAACGCGUACCUCACACACUCACCGGGUUUUCGUGGACAUUUGUGUUUCGUUUAAUGAACCAAGUUAAGUCAUUGUGAGUACUAGAUUAAUGGCCGUGCUUGUGUUCCCUAGUGUCUGGCCGACACCUGGACAAGACAGACUUAUUUUUGGACAUAUCGUUUGUUGGAUGAUGGACCCGUCAACAAAGUGAGGCCUGAGUUGGUAUAACAGUAGGUAUGUCAAUAUCCUUUUGUGUCUGUCAGGUUGUUUCCUGUCAGUUGUGACUCUCAUGUUGUGUCUGUCAAGUUGUGUUGGUCUGGCAGUAGGUAUGUCAACAUACGUGUGUGUGUAUGUGUGUGUGUCAAGUUGUGUUGGUCUGGCAGUAGGUAUGUCAACAUUCGUGUCUGUCUGUCCAUUUGAAUUGUCUGUGUUCCUCUUUGAUAGAAAAUAGUUUCAAAAAUUUUCGCAAUGUGUCAUGUUUAUUGUGUAUCGUAAUGUUUGAAAUGUCUCAUGUGUCAUAAUGUUUGAAAUGUGUCAUGUUUGUGGUGUGUCCUAAUGUUUGAAAUGUGUCAUGUUUCUUGUGUAUCAAAAUGUUUGAAAUGUCUCAUGUUUGUUGUGUGUCAUAAUGUUUGAAAUGUGUCAUGUAUGUGGUGUGUCAUAAUGUUUGAAAUGUCUCAUGUGUCAUAAUGUUUGAAAUGUGUCAUGUUUCUUGUGUAUCAAAAUGUUUGAAGUGUGUCAUGUUUGUUGUGUGCCAUAAUGUUUGAAGUGUGUCAUGUUUGUUGUGUGUCAUAAUGUUUGAAGUGUGUCAUGUUUGUUUUGUGUCAUAAAUGUUCGAAAUGUGUCAUUUUUGUUUCUUGCAAAUUAUUAUUUAGGUCAAGAUUUUUCAUGUGCACUGUGCAUUGUGUUCUUUUUGUCUAUCAUUUAAGCUGACGUUGACAUACAUAGAAGAAUAAAUUCUUACCUAAGUAAAUGUUUACAUGUUAAAAUAUUAUAACUCCAUUAUUUUUCAAACGUUUUUUAAAACUUAAACACAUUCAUGAAGAUAUUAUUUAAAUUUGAUUUAAAUAAUAAAAUAAUAAUUUAUAUUCAAUGCUCCAAUAUUUAUAUUUAUAAGCGUAUAUAUAAAAAUGUCCAACACUUCACAACCCAAAUUUCCAACACUCCACUACCCUACUGUCCAACACUCCACUACCCAAAUGUCCAACAUUCUAUUACCAAAAUGUCCAAAACUCUAUUACCCAAAUGUCCAACACUCUACUACCCAAAUGUCCCACACACUACUACCAAAAUGUCCAACACUACUACCCAAUUGUCCAACAUUCUACUACACAAAUGUCCAAUACUCCACUACCCAAAUGUCCAACACUCUACUACCCAAAUGUCCAACACUCUACUACCCAAAUGUCCCACACACUACUACACAAAUGUCCAACACUACUACCCAAUUGUCCAACAUUCUACUACCCAAAUGUCCAAUACUCCACUACCCAAAUGUCCAACACUACACUACCCAAAUGUCCAACACUCUACUACCCAAAUGUCCAACACUACUACCCAAUUGUCCAACAUUAUACUACCCAAAUAUCCAAUAUUCCACUACCCAAAUGUCCAACACUCCACUACCCAAAUAUCCAAAAAUCAGCUACCCAAAUGUCCAACACUCCACUACCCAAAUGUCCAACACUACUACCCAAAUAUCCAAUACUCCACUACCCAAAUAUCCAAUACUCCACUACCCAAAUGUCCAACACUCCACUACCCAAAUGUCCAACACUCUACUACCCAAAUUUCCAACACUACUACCCAAUUGUCCAACAUUCUACUACCCAAAUAUCCAAUAUUCCACUAAACAAAUGUCCAACACUCCACUACCCAAAUAUCCAAUACUCAACUACCCAAAUGUCCAACACUCCACUACCCGAAUGUGCAACACACUACUACCCAAAUAUCCAAUACUCCACUACCCAAAUAUCCAAUACUCCACUACCCAAAUGUCCAACACUCUACUACCCAAAUGUCCCACACACUACUACACAAAUGUCCAACACUCUACUACCCAAAUGUCAAACACACUACUACACAAAUGUCCAACACUCUACUACCCAAAUGUCCAACACACUACUACACAAAUGUCCAACACUACUACCAAAUUGUCCAACAUUCUACUACCCAAAUAUCCAAUACUCCACUACCCAAAUGUCCAACACUCCACUACCCAAAUGUCCAACACUCCACUACCCAAAUGUCCAACACUCCACUACCCAAAUGUCCAACACUCCACUACCCAAAUGUCCAACACUCCACUACCCAAAUGUCCAACACUCUACUAUGUUAAUAAAGUCUAAAAUUUUAUACAAAUUGAUAGUACUGUUUAUCAAAUACGGUAUUAGAAUAAAUAUAUUUUCUUGACCCCCCCCCCCUCAACUUCCAAAUCUCACAAUCAUUAAUAUGUCUUUAUAUAAAAUAUAUAUACAAUAUUGCAAUCACUGAUUGGACGAUUGUAACAAUGUGGCAAUCUCUGACAGAAUGUUGACUGCAAACGACCUGACUGAAUGUUGACUGCAAACGACCUGACUGAAGGUUGACUGCAAACGACCUGACAGAAGGUUGACUGCAAACGACCUGACAGAAGGUUGACUGAAAACGACCUGACAGAAGGUUGACUGCAAACGACCUGACAGAAGGUUGACUGCAAACGACCUGACUGAAGGUUUACUGCAAACGACCUGACUGAAGGUUGACUGCAAACGACCUGACUGAAGGUUGACUGCAAACGACCUGACUGAAGGUUGACUGCAAACGACCUGACUGAAGGUUGACUGCAAACGACCUGACUGAAGGUUGACUGCAAACGACCUGACUGAAGGUUGACUGCAAACGACCUGACAGAAUGUUGACUGCAAACGACCUGACUGAAGGUUGACUACAAACGACCUGACUGAAUGUUGACUGCAAACGACCUGACUGAAGGUUGACUGCAAACGACCUGACUGAAUGUUUACUGCAAACGACCUGACUGAAGGUUGACUGCAAACGACCUGACUGAAUGUUGACUGCAAACGACCUGACUGAAAGUUUCUUUUCUUUGGCUUUAUCUGGCAAGGUUUGGUUUGUGGGUCAAUGUUUGUAAACAUCCCAAACUUUCCUGUCAGCCCGGAGACCAACAGGUCCAAGCUGUGACAGAUCACGUUUAUCACCCGCGAAGUUCUGAGAUAACAAUGGAAAACGAUAUGCUGUGAUAACAGGAUCGAUUGACCACAAAAUGUAUUGAUAUAGAUUGGCCAGAAAAUAAAGUAUUUAAAUAGUAUUUCAUCAACUUUUGUACUGUGGGGUAAGCUCUGCAAACUGUCAAAUAAUUUCAAUGCACAGUCCUGUAUCCACUGAGGUCAACAGAAUUAGCGCGGGAAAUGUUACACACUCCUCCUCCCCCAGCUCUAAGGACGUGAAAUAUGGAAGCACUUCAAGCUGAAAUAUCACCAAUUUAACUGAGAGUUCAACUACAACUUAGUUAACGGACAGUUUAGCAAAGACCUAAGUUAACUGAAAAUUUGAGCUACCAUUAAGUUAACUGAAAAUUUGAGCUACCACUAUGUUAAAUUAAAAUUUGAGCUACCAUUAAGUUAACUGCAAAUUUGAGCUACCAUUAAGUUAACUGACAAUUUGAGCUACCAUUAAGUUAGCUGAAAAUUUGAGCUACCAUUAAGUUAACUGACAAUUUGAGCUACCAUUAAGUUAGCUGAAAAUUUGAGCUAACAUUAAGUUAGCUGAAAGUCAAGAAACAUCUUAGUUGACCGAAAGUUUAGAAACCACUAAAUUAGACUCUCCUAUGACGUUCUCAGACUCUCCUAUGACUUUUUAAACUGUCCAUGACGUUCUCAGACUCUCCUAUGACGUUCUUCCACCCUCCAUGACGUUCUCACACUCUCCUAUGAUGUUCUUAGACUCUCUAUGACGUUCUUAGACCGUCCAUGACGUUCUCAGACUCUCCUAUGACGUUAGUCGACCCUCCAUGACGUUCUAACACUAUCCUAUGACGUUCUUAGACUCUCUAUGACGUUCUUAGACUCUCGUUGACGUCCAUAGACUCUCCGUGACGUCAAAUACUUCAAAGACGUAACAUUAUACGAGAAUUGUAUAAAUGAGAAAAUCACAACAAAGGUUUAUGCAAGGUCAAGGUCAGCCACUAGGAAAGCGCUCUUAGCGCUAUUUUGGUUAGGUCGGGGAUUCUCCAAAUGUGGAGGUAGUCAUCCUGGGAAGGGCUCAUGUCUGCCCACUCUUCCGGCCCGCAGCAAUUUAUUUCCGAUCUCGACAAGACCAUUGCUGACGUGGCCAUAGAAGGGCGAUCACCGUACAAUGAACAAUGUUCCUGCUCCCACAAUUUCACCGACAGGAAAUUAUUUAUAUCACUGGAUGGGAGUCCCUGAGUUUAUGCGUGGAUUGAUGGGGCAACGAAACGUUUGCUAGAUACCAUCGCGUGGUGGUGCGGUGGCAACACUUGCAUGAUAGCAACACUUAUGUGGGUCUACCAUUGGCAGAUCAUUUUAAAACCCUUUUGGUCUACUUGUGGUCUACUACCUUUGGUCUCCUACUUUCGUCUCCUACUUUUAGUCUCCUGCUUUUGGUCUUCUACUUUUGGUCUCCUACUUUUGUUCUCCUACUUUUGGUCUCCUACUUGUGGUCUACUACUUUUGGUCUUCUACUUUUGGUCUCCUACUUUUGGUCUACUUGUGGUCUCCUACUUUUGGUCUUCUACUUUUGGUCUCCUACUUUUGGUCUACUACUUUUGGUCUCCUACUUGUGGUCUACUACCUUUGGUCUCCUGCUUUUGGUCUAAUGCUUUUGGUCUUCUACAUUUGGUCUCCUACUUUUGUUCUCCUACUUUUGGUCUCCUACUUUUGGUCUCCUACUUUUGGUCUCCGACUUUUGGUCUCCUACUUUUAGUCUCCUACUUGUGGUCUCCUACUUGUGGUCUACUACUUUUGGUCUCCUACUUUAGGUCUCAUAAUUUUGGUCUCCUACUUUUAGUCUCCUACUUUUGGUCUCCUACUUUUGGUCUCCUACUUUUGGUCUCCUACUUUUGGUCUCCUACUUUUGGUCUCCUACUUUUGGUCUCCUACUUUUGGUCUCCUAAUUUUGGUCUCCUACUUUUGGUCUCCUACUUUUGGUCUACUACUUUUGGUCUCCUACUUUUGGUCUCCUACUUUUGGUCUCCUACUUUUGGUCUCCUACAUUUAGUCUCCUACUUUUGGUCUCCUACUUUUGGUCUCCUACUUUUGGUCUCCUACUUUUGGUCUACUACUUUUGGUCUCCUACUUUUGGUCUCCUACUUUUGGUCUCCUACAUUUGGUCUCCUACUUUAGGUCUCAUAAUUUUGGUCUCCUACUUUUAGUCUCCUACUUUUGGUCUCCUACUUUUGGUCUACUACCUUUGGUCUCCUACUUUUGGUCUCCUACUUUUGGUCUCCUACUUUUGGUCUCCUACUUUUGGUCUCCUACUUUUGGUCUCCUACUUUUGGUCUCCUACUUUUGGUCUCCUACUUUUGGUCUCCUACUUUUGGUCUCCUACUUUUGGUCUCCUACUUUUGGUCUCCUACUUUUGGUCUCCUACUUUUGGUCUCCUACUUUUGGUCUCCUACUUUUGGUCUCCUACUUUUGGUCUCCUACUUUUGGUCUCCUACUUUUGGUCUCCUACUUUUGGUCUCCUACUUUUGGUCUCCUACUUUUGGUCUCCUACUUUUGGUCUCCUACUUUUGGUCUCCUACUUUUGGUCUCCUACUUUUGGUCUCCUACUUUUGGUCUCCUACUUUUGGUCUCCUACUUUUGGUCUCCUACUUUUGGUCUCCUACUUUUGGUCUCCUACUUUUGGUCUCCUACUUUUGGUCUCCUACUUUUGGUCUCCUACUUUUGGUCUCCUACUUUUGGUCUCCUACUUUUGGUCUCCUACUUUUGGUCUCCUACUUUUGGUCUCCUACUUUUGGUCUCCUACUUUUGGUCUCCUACUUUUGGUCUCCUACUUUUGGUCUCCUACUUUUGGUCUCCUACUUUUGGUCUCCUACUUUUGGUCUCCUACUUUUGGUCUCCUACUUUUGGUCUCCUACUUUUGGUCUCCUACUUUUGGUCUCCUACUUUUGGUCUCCUACUUUUGGUCUCCUACUUUUGGUCUCCUACUUUUGGUCUCCUACUUUUGGUCUCCUACUUUUGGUCUCCUACUUUUGGUCUCCUACUUUUGGUCUCCUACUUUUGGUCUCCUACUUUUGGUCUCCUACUUUUGGUCUCCUACUUUUGGUCUCCUACUUUUGGUCUCCUACUUUUGGUCUCCUACUUUUGGUCUCCUACUUUUGGUCUCCUACUUUUGGUCUCCUACUUUUGGUCUCCUACUUUUGGUCUCCUACUUUUGGUCUCCUACUUUUGGUCUCCUACUUUUGGUCUCCUACUUUUGGUCUCCUACUUUUGGUCUCCUACUUUUGGUCUCCUACUUUUGGUCUCCUACUUUUGGUCUCCUACUUUUGGUCUCCUACUUUUGGUCUCCUACUUUUGGUCUCCUACUUUUGGUCUCCUACUUUUGGUCUCCUACUUUUGGUCUCCUCCGGCUAGUUGAAAGAUUAAUGUUUUAUUAUUAAAUAGGAGGAUAUACCCCACACCCCUGUCCUCAUUUACGAUAUUGUUGACAUUACUGACAUGGAUGACAGAACAAUGAGUUCAUGUUGACAUUACUGACAUGGAUGACAGAACAAUGAGUUCAAGCCAGUUUUGUUAAUGAAUGAAUAGUGUUGCCGGUCCAUGAUAAGUCUAGUGUAAGGUUUCAUGCCGGACGACACAGUGUCAGGCUGCGACGGGUCUGUUCCAAAACACGAAAACACCAUGGACGAUAGGGUGUCUCAUUGUGGGCAUCAGGUUCAGGAGUCUUAGACUCGGGUCAGUUCUUGUUGUUGUGUACUUUGUUGACGGUAAGCCACUUAGACGCCUGUUAAUGUUUGCAUCGUUUGUUUGCGGUGAGACUUUUCAAUGCAGAGUGUGUUCCGUGCUCAUGUGAAUACAUUCUCUUUGUUUCUGUGUUAAUUUGGGUAGUGUGUCUUAUAAUUUGUGACACUCGCUGUAGUGUGUCUUAUACUUGGUGACACUGGAUUUAGUGUGUCUUAUACUUGAUGAUAUUGACACAAUAUUUAACCCGCAACAACUGAUGUAAUACUAGGGCAUAAUAAGGUGCCUUUUUUUUUCACUGGUUCCGAGUAUUUUAAGAAAAUACCCUGGUUGGUCCAAGUCUUGUAAUAAUAAGUUAACUUAUCCUAUUCUAUAAUAUAUGCCGACCUUUAAACAAUAGGCCCUAAAGACAGUCCUACACCCUACCUGCCUGCCUUUAAACAAUAGACCUACAGACAGUCCUACACCCUACCUGCCGACCUUUAAACAAUUAUACAAUAGGCCCUAAAGACAGUCCUACACCCUAGAUGUCUGCCUUUAAACAAUAGGCCUACAGACAGUCCUACACCCUACCUGUCAACCUUUAAACAAUUAUACAAUAGGCCCUAAAGACAAUCCUACACCCUACCUGCCUGCCUUUAAACAACAGACCUACAGACAGUCCUACACCCUACCUGCCUGCCUUUAAACAACAGGCCUACAGACAGUCCUACACCCUACCUGCCUGCCUUUAAACAACAGACCUACAGACAGUCCUACACCCUACCUGCCUGCCUUUAAACAACAGACCUACAGACAGUCCUACACCCUACCUGCCUGCCUUUAAACAACAGACCUACAGACAGUCCUACACCCUACCUGCCUGCCUUUAAACAACAGACCUAUAGACAGUCCUACACCCUACCUGCCUGCCUUUAAACAACAGGCCUACAGACAAUUCGUGGCUCUUUAUCAAUUAAUAGCAUAGUCGCCUCCCCUGAGUUCCACCGUCACGCUUGAUGCUCGUUGCGUGACAGCCUUUUUUCUCCAUUGAGUGCUAUUGAUAUCAAACAUGUGGGAAUGGGGGAAGGGGCUGGUUUGAAGGGGACGUAGGACACCAGACUCUUAAAUGGAUGUAGGACAUGUCCUGUUUUUAUAACAAGUUUUCCGACAUGCUAAACGUACUACUAAAUAAGUCAUUUGAUUACAUUAUAUGUGUUUAGAUGUGUCUAGAUGUGUUUAGAUGUGUGUAGAAGUGUUUAGAUAUGUUUAGAUGUGGUUAGAUGUUUGUAGAUGUGUGUAGAGAUGGUUAGAGGUGCGUAGAUAUGUGUAGAUGUGCGUAGAUGUGUAGUAGGUAGAUGCUGGUGACGAACGAUCUGGAUUGACAUUAAUUUAUAAUUUAUGAUUACACUAGGAUUAUUUGAUGAUUAUAAGCUGAUGGGAAGAUUAUUUUCAAUGGACGUGUUUAAUUUUGCAAAUUUCGAUGCUGUGUUCGUCUAUUUAGAUUUCCACUAUUUUAUUUAUGGUACAAUUUACACACGUUUUAAUAAAAAAAUUAAUGCAUCAUAUGUCUUUAUGUGAUCUUACAAUAAACGUGUGUUUUGGUUGAAGUGUUUAAGUUUGGAGAGAUGGUAAGUUCUGUUAAAGUUACUAGAGAAGGUAGGUUCUGUUAAAGUUUCUAGAGAUGGUAAGUUUUAUAACUUAUCAAAAUUUAGAAUGCUAUUUCAGUGAUAUUUUAAACUGUGUCAAGUGUCGGUCUCUAACAUGAACCUUGUUUGUGCGUUUUCUCGUGACAGACUAACAGCUGACAAGGCCAUGUGUCGACCUGAGUACUUGACUCUGUUUUAUGGUGAGUAGAACUAGGUCAUAAUUAAGUUUAAAUGAAAAUUGACAUGUUGUGGCAACAUUAGAAUACACUAAGACAUGUGAAGUCAAUGACAUGAAAUUGUAAAAUACUAGAUAACACAUAUUAAUGAUGUCCCAAUGACAUGACUGUGUUGCAACAUUAGAGGAUACAUAGAAAUGAGGUGCCCAUGACAUAACUCUAAAAGAGACUAAAUAUUAUCCCCCUUUAACCAGAAAUAUUGCUUCCACUACAGCAACAUAACUUUAUGUUUAAAUUAAAAACGCGAAUUGUGUUAAUAUUAGCUAUAUAACAAAUCCAUGUGUACAUUAGCUAGAAAACAACUUCAUAUGUAUAUUAGCUAGACAACAACUUCAUAUGUAUAUUAGCUAGACAACAACUUCAUAUGUAUAUUAGCUAGACAACAACUUCAUAUGUAUAUUAGCUAGACAACAACUUCAUAUGUAUAUUAGCUAGACAGCAACUUCAUAUGUAUAUUAGCUAGACAACAACUUCAUAUGUAUAUUAGCUAGACAACAACUUCAUAUGUAUAUUAGCUAGACAACAACUUCAUAUGUAUAUUAGCUAGACAACAACUCCAUAUGUAUAUUAGCUAGACAACAACUCCAUAUGUAUAUUAGCUAGACAACAACUUCAUAUGUAUAUUAGCUAGACAACAACUUCAUAUAUAUGUUAACAAGAAAACAACUUUAUAUGUAUAUUAGCGACUCAAACAACUUAUAUGUAUAUUAGCUAGACAACAACUUCAAAUGUAUAUUAGCUAGACAACAACUUCAUAUGUAUAUUAGCUAGACAACAACUUCAUAUGUAUAUUAGCUAGACAACAACUUCAUAUGUAUAUUAGCUAGACAACAACUUCAUAUGUAUAUUAGCUAGACAACAACUUCAUAUAUAUGUUAACAAGAAAACAACUCCAUAUGUAUAUUAGCGACUCAAACAACUUAUAUGUAUAUUAGCUAGACAACAACUUAUAUGUAUAUUAGCUAGACAACAACUUCAUAUGUAUAUUAGCUAGACAACAACUUCAUAUAUAUGUUAACAAGAAAACAACUUCAUAUGUAUAUUAGCGACUCAAACAACUUAUAUGUAUAUUAGCUAGACAACAACUUAUAUGUAUAUUAGCUAGACAACAACUUCAUAUGUAUAUUAGCUAGACAACAACUUCAUAUAUAUGUUAACAAGACAACAACUUCAUUUGUAUGUUAAUGACUUAACAACUCCAUAUGUAUAUUUGCAAUAUAACAACUGUAUGUGUGUAUUAGCGAUUCCCAUUUUUUAAGAAAUAGAAGACCUGUAAUUCGUCCUCUAAUUCGAUCUCUAAUUCGACCACUAAUUCGUUUUUUAAUUCGUCUUCUAGUUCAACCUCUAAUUCGACCUCUAAUUCGACCUCUAAUUCGACCUCUGAUUCGUCUUCUAAUUCGUCUUCUAAUUCGUCCUCUAUUUCGACCCCUAAUUCGACCUCCAAUUCAUUCCUCGCUCUGUGUAACAAACCAUUGGCCCUUUUUCAGCCAUCUAUUUCCUGUGUAUGACGGAAGGGGUGGCUGGGAGGCCCCAUGACAUGCCAUUGUCAGACGCCUCGAGCCAUGAUGACGUCAAUUUGAACACAACGCCGGCGUUCAACGAAGAACAUGACGUUUAUGACGACACACCGGACGAAUGGGAUGACGUCACAGUAUCAGCCAGGCAGCUGGAAGAAGACUUGUCGGUGAACAAACGGGGACUGGUGGGGGGCAAUCACCACGCAGAAGAUCACUCCUCCUUCACAACAAGCGAUGGUGAUGGUCAUCGCGCAGUGACCGGCACACCGACCCCUGGACACACACCGACCGGAGCUCCAGGCUCUGAUAUCUUACUGGCCAGUCUUGCAAACGCCAGGGAGGCAGAUGACCCUAAGGUUGACCUUGAGGUUCCAUCUGAAACUUCUGCCCGACCGGCCCUUGAUAACGUGACAGUCAUAGUGCAGUCAGCACAGAUCGUUGGAAGUGAAGUCAACACAGAAACUGCAAGUCAUCCAAGUCACGUGGUCCGAGAGCAAAAUGACAUGGAUAAAAUGACAUUGGCACACGUUGUGGAUGAUACUGGCACUGUCAGUUUCCUAUCUCGUGUUAUAGAAGGUUCUCACGUUUUGAACACUCGGCCUUCGUUAGAGACGAAUAGUACCGAAAGUUUAGUCUCAACAAAUGGUAUGGAUGCUGUCUCAACCCAUGGUAUGGAUGCUGUCUCAACACAUGGUAUGGAUACAGCCUUAACCCAUGGGAUGGAUACAGCCUUAACACAUGGGAUGGAUACAGCUUUAACACGUGGGAUGGAUGCUGUCUCAACAAAUGGGAUGGAUACAGCCUUAACACAUGGGAUGGAUGCUGUCUCAACCCAUGGUAUGGAUACAGCCUUAACACAUGGGAUGGAUACAGCCUUAACACGUGGGAUGGAUGCUGUCUCAACAAAUGGGAUGGAUACAGCCUUAACACGUGGGAUGGAUGCUGUCUCAACAAAUGGGAUGGAUACAGCCUUAACACAUGGGAUGGAUGCUGUCUCAACCCAUGGUAUGGAUACAGCCUUAACACAUGGGAUGGAUACAGCCUUAACACAUGGGAUGGAUGCUGUCUCAACCCAAGGGAUGGAUGCGGUCUCAACACAUGGGAUGGAUGCGGUCUCAACCCAAGGGAUGGAUACAGUCUCAACCCAUGGGAUGGAUGUAGCGGGAGGCGAUGACAUCAGCAACGCACCAUCAACUACCACAACGUCCAUUCACAGGAAUGUGAACAUCGCCCAGGAAGCUGGAGACGACAGGUCAGCGCUUGACCACAAUGCCUCUGACGUGGACGAGCACGACACCCCUGUAACUAGGAAGGAUGUUCAUAUCAUAAAAGAGGACAGUGACCAGACACUUCCAGUAGAUGCCGAUUCCAACUUCCAUGCCGACCUUGACCCGACUCUGUCCUAUAACGGCCAGCUGACAACCUCUGAGAUAAGACAGACGAACACACCGAGCUCACCAUCGCUUGUGUAUUCCACAGCCACUGCUGCAGAUAUGCAACAACAUCAACAAACACAAAUAGCUGCACGGGGUUUGGAGGGUAGUCAUAUGACCAGAGGCGAUCCAUUGACCCAAGCCAGUGAACCGGAAAUGAUAACGUCACCCACACACCUAACAGCAACGUCACAGGUUCGGUCAGGUGUGACACCGUUGCAGCCGGUGACAGAUGACACCUUGAACAGUUUGGAUUCAUCUGGAGAUGUAUCUGGUCGAACAACGCUUCAAGACUCUAACGAUGUCACAGCGCCUGACCCACCAACACACGAGCGGGGGACUACAGAUAAAGACGUUAAGAAUGAAAGUGAUCUACAUCAUGAUACCAUCAGUGCCGUCAGUGCCAUCAGUGCCAUCAGCACUUCAGCUCACCCCACCGUCUCGACAUCAACAACCGGUAGCGGCACCACACAAACUACUACAACUCCCAUGGGUACACGCAUCUUAAACUCACAAACAACCACCACGCCCGUAGGUACACGCCCAAACACACCGUUGAGUUCAGAUGUGUCAUUGACCACCCGGCAGCCUGACGCGACACUGACACCAAGAAGUUUGUCAAGUACAACAACGACGACAGAAGAAAAAUAUUUGGAGAGAACAUCCACGACUCAAAGUAGACGUGCACCAUCUACUCCAACACUGACAGGACUGAUCAGGUCGACUCUGUCCGGGGGCACCACACCAUCUACUCCAACACUGACAGGACUGAUCAGGUCGACUCUGUCCGGGGGCACCACACCAUCUACUCCAACACUGACAGGACUGAUCAGGUCGACUCUGUCCGGGGGCACCCCACCUCCUUCAGUUACAGGACGUGACGUCAUUAUCAUUGGAACAUCCUAUCAUAUGACCCCUGGAUCCCCUUCAGCCCAGACUUGGGCAACAUCUAGGUCACCAACAAUGCCAACUAACGAUACAGAAGAUGACAUCAAAUUGAUGACGUCAGGCAGUCCGUCAAUGUCCAGCUCGGAGUUGGUCUCAGCUGAACAUUCCCUUGCGACUCCAAGCGUUGAUGGCAUGACUGAUGACGUCACCACAUGGCAAGACCAAAGGUCAGAGGUGACACAGCAACCGGAGAAUAUAUUGCCAGGUUUGUCCAAUCAGAAUAUUUGUGAUGUGACAGAGGAUACAUUAACAGAGGUUUGUCUCAUGGGAGAAGUCCUGAUCUAGGCAAUAUCGGUCUUCUCAGGGUAUGAGAAUCACUGUUGGUGUUUAGAUGUUGUGUCGGGGACAUAGAUCGUGAGCUGGGGGGGGGGGAGUAGAAGAGUCUUACUGCUGAUUGGACGAAGUGUGACUGAACAAUUUAAUUUGUAUUUUUAAUAUUUAAAUAUUAUGAUCAAAGAGAGAGAGAGAGAGGAAGAGAGAGAGAGAGAGAGAGAAAGAGAGAGAGAGAGAGAGAGAGAGAGAGAGAGGGGAGAGAGAGAGAGGGGGGAGGGAGAGAGAGAGAGAGGGGGAAAGAGUGUAUUUUUAAUAUUUAAAUAUUAUGAUCAAAGAGAGAGAGAGAGAGGAAGAGAGAGAGAGAGAGAGAGAAAGAGAGAGAGAGAGAGAGAGAGAGAGAGAGAGGGGAGAUAGAGAGAGAGGGGAGGGAGAUAGAGAGAGAGGGGGAAAGAGGGAAUGUUAGGGAAGCCUAGGAGAGUAUUAUUUAUGAAAUUAAAGAAACUCCAUGACAUCAUUAUCUCUCCACUCUCUAGAGGGAACAGAGACGGACAACUUAAACCUAACUGGCAGCGUCCAUUCUUUCGUGGAACUCGACCUGGCGAUGUCAUGGAAGAGGUUCUGUAACUCUGAGGACCCAAUUAAAUGCGAGCUUGUGGACAUCAUGAGCCGUAGGCACACCAUCAUUACAGUAGAUCAGGUGAGUACACUUAAUGUUACAGUAGAUCAGGUGAGUGGACUGAAAGACUUGAUACCAUUCCACCUUUCUCCUGGACUGAAAGACUUGAUAGCAUUGCAACUUGCUCCUGGACUGAAAGACUUCAUAGCAUUCCAACUUGUUUCUAACACCGAUGUAGUGGGAGAAAUUGUGCAACUCGAACAAAUUCACCCUGCCAACAUUUGAGCCAAGCCACUUGCUCCAGUAAAUUUGCUGAACAAAAUGUCCGAGUGGGUCUCAGUUGUUAUGGCAGCAUCAGAGUGAAGAGUUGUUAUAAGUUAUAGCAUCAGUUGAGUGGUCAGUAGUUAUUGGCAUCAGAGUAGUAAGCACCAAUUGAUUGAAAAAAUAUGAGUGAAGCAGUGAUUUGACCUAUUUAUUAGGUCAAUCCAAGAGAGAGACCGUAAUCUGACCAAUUUAUGAGGUCAAGCAAUGAGAGAGCCUGUGAUCUGCCCUAUUAUGAGGUCAGCCAAUGAGAGAGCCAGUGAUCUGACCUCUUUGUUAGGUCAAUCCAGGAGAGAGAGUCAGUGAUCUGACCUAUUUAUGAAGUCAACCAAUGAGAGAGACAGUAAUCUGAACUAUUUAUGAGGUCGAUCCAAGAGAGAGCCAAUGAUCUGACCUAUUUAUGAGGUCAACUAAGGAGAGAGCCUGUAAUUUAUUAUAUUAAUGAGGUGAACCAAAGAGAGAGCCCGUGAUCUGACCUAUUUAUGAGUUCAACCCAAGAGAGAGCCAGUGAUCUGACCAAUUUAUGAGGUCAACAAAUGAAAGAGCCAGGGAUCUGACCAAUUUAUGAGGUCAACAAAUGAAAGAGCCAGUGAUCUGACCAAUUUAUGAGGUCAACAAAUGAAAGAGCCAGUGAUCUGACCAAUUUAUGAGGUCAACAAAUGAAAGAGCCAGUGAUCUGACCAAUUUAUGAGGUCAACAAAUGAAAGAGCCAGGGAUCUGACCAAUUUAUGAGGUCAACAAAUGAAAGAGCCAGUGAUCUGACCAAUUUAUGAGGUCAACAAAUGAAAGAGCCAGUGAUCUGACCAAUUUAUGAGGUCAACAAAUGAAAGAGCCAGGGAUCUGACCAAUUUAUGAGGUCAACAAAUGAAAGAGCCAGGGAUCUGACCAAUUUAUGAGGUCAACAAAUGAAAGAGCCAGGGAUCUGACCAAUUUAUGAGGUCAACAAAUGAAAGAGCCAGUGAUCUGACCAAUUUAUGAGGUCAACAAAUGAAAGAGCCAGUGAUCUGACCAAUUUAUGAGGUCAACAAAUGAAAGAGCCAGUGAUCUGACCAAUUUAUGAGGUCAACAAAUGAAAGAGCCAGUGAUCUGACCAAUUUAUGAGGUCAACAAAUGAAAGAGCCAGUGAUCUGACCAAUUUAUGAGGUCAACAAAUGAAAGAGCCAGUGAUCUGACCAAUUUAUGAGGUCAACAAAUGAAAGAGCCAGUGAUCUGACCAAUUUAUGAGGUCAACAAAUGAAAGAGCCAGUGAUCUGACCAAUUUAUGAGGUCAACAAAUGAAAGAGCCAGUGAUCUGACCAAUUUAUGAGGUCAACAAAUGAAAGAGCCAGUGAUCUGACCAAUUUAUGAGGUCAACAAAUGAAAGAGCCAGUGAUCUGACCAAUUUAUGAGGUCAACAAAUGAAAGAGCCAGUGAUCUGACCAAUUUAUGAGGUCAACAAAUGAAAGAGCCAGUGAUCUGACCAAUUUAUGAGGUCAACAAAUGAAAGAGCCAGGGAUCUGACCAAUUUAUGAGGUCAACAAAUGAAAGAGCCAGGGAUCUGACCAAUUUAUGAGGUCAACAAAUGAAAGAGCCAGGGAUCUGACCAAUUUAUGAGGUCAACAAAUGAAAGAGCCAGUGAUCUGAACAAUUUAUGAGGUCAACAAAUGAAAGAGCCAGGGAUCUGACCGUAUUAAAGUAUCGACCAUCUUUUGUCCAGGAAGCUGAGGUUUUUCAAAACUCACUGAUGUGUGUGAAACACACAGGUCAAGAAGAGCGCAUUUUUGCAAUGUUUGAUUAAAGUAACAUUUGUCUCAAACUCACAAAACAUUUGGAGCCAUUAUUUUGAGUAGGGGUUCAAGACUUAGUUAUAUCAUUAGAAGAGUUGCAAAACUUAGUCCAACAAUUAGUAGUGGUGCCCAAUAUAAUAAAGGUGGGAGAUCCUUGAUCUAGAGCAGGAAAAUGAUAGAUUCUAAAAGGUUUUAAUGAAUAAGGGCAUAUUACAGUCAUCUGGGCAUAUUAAAGUCAUAUGGACAUAUAAAGUCAUAUGGACAUAUUCGAGUCAUAUGAACAUAUUAAAUUCAUAUGAACAUAUUCAAGUCAUAUGUGCAUAUUCAAUUCAUUUGAACAUAUUAAAGUCAUAUGGACAUAUUCAAGUCAUCUGGGCAUAUUGAAGUCAUAUAGGUAUAAUCAAGUCAUAUGGACCUAUUCAAGUCAUAAGGACAUAUUAGAGUGAUCUGGGCAUAUCACUGUCAUAUGGGAAUAUUAAAGUCAUCUGGGCAUAUUAAAGUCAUCUGGGCAUAUUAAAGUCAUGUGAAUUAUAAGUUGUAGAUAUUUUGCAUUGUUUGCUGAUUAUUGCAUUGAACAUAUUUGUGAUUAUUGCAUUGAACAUAUUUGUAACUAUUGCAUUAAAAAUAUUUGUGAUUAUUGCAUUUAACAUAUUUGUGACUAUUGCAUCGAAAACAUUUGUGACUAUUGCAUUGAACAUAUUUGUGAUUAUUGCAUUGAACAUAUUUGUGACUAUUGCAUUGAACAUAUUUGUGACUAUUGCAUUGAACAUAUUUGUGACUAUUGCAUUGAACAUAUUUGUGACUAUUGCAUUGAACAUAUUUGUGACUAUUGCAUUGAACAUAUUUGUGACUAUUGCAUUGAACAUAUUUGUGACUAUUGCAUUGAACAUAUUUGUGACUAUUGCAUUGAACAUAUUUGUGAUUAUUGCAUUGAACAUAUUUGUGACUAUUGCAUUGAACAUAUUUGUGAUUAUUGCAUUGAACAUAUUUGUGACUAUUGCAUUGAACAUAUUUGUGAUUAUUGCAUUGAACAUAUUUGUGACUAUUGCAUUGAACAUAUUUGUGACUAUUGCAUUGAACAUAUUUGUGACUAUUGCAUUGAACAUAGUUGUGAUUAUUGCAUUGAACAUAGUUGUGAUUAUUGCAUGAACAUAUUUGUGACUAUUGCAUUGAACAUAUUUGUGACUAUUGCAUUGAACAUAUUUGUGAUUAUUGCAUUGAACAUAUUUGAGACUAUUGCAUUGAACAUAUUUGUGACUAUUGCAUUGAACAUAUUUGUGAUUAUUGUUUUUAACAUAUUUGUGACUAUUGCAUUGAACAUAUUUGUGACUAUUGCAUUGAACAUAUUAGUGACUAGUGUAUUUACCAUUUUUGUAAUUAUUGUUUUUCAAAUAUUUGCGACUAGUGUAUUUACCAUAUUUGUGAAUAUUUUAUUUACCAUAUUAGUGACUAGUGUAUUUACCAAAUUUGUGAUUAUUGUUUUUAACCAUAUUUGCGACUAGUGUAUUUAACAUAUGUGUGACUAUUGUAUUUACCAUAUUUGUGAUUAUUGUUUUUACCAUAUUUGUGACUAUUGUAUUUACCAUAUUAGUGACUAGUGUAUUUAUUAUAUUUGAGAUUAUUGUUUUUAACAUAUUUCUGACUAGUCUAUUUACCAUAUUUGUCACUAUUGUAUUUACCAUAUUAGUGACUAGUGUAUUUACCAUAUUUAUGAUUAUUGUUUUUAACAUAUUUGUGACUAUUGUAUUUACGAUAUUAGUGACUAGUGUAUUUACCAUUUUGCAAUUAUUGUUUUCAAAAUAUUUGUGACUAGUGUAUUUACCAUAUUUGUGACUAUUGUAUUUACCAUAUUAGUGACUAGUGUAUUUACCAAAUUUGUGAUUAUUGUUUUUAACAUAUUUGUGACUAGUGUAUUUAGCAUAUUUGUGACUAUUGUAUUUACCAUAUUAGUGAUUAUUGUUUUUACCAUAUUUGUGACUAUUGUAUUUACCAUAUUAGUGACUAGUGUAUUUAUUAUAUUUGAGAUUAUUGUUUUUAACAUAUUUCUGACUAGUCUAUUUACCAUAUUUGUCACUAUUGUAUUUACCAUAUUAGUGACUAGUGUAUUUACCAUAUUUAUGAUUAUUGUUUUUAACAUAUUUGUGACUAUAGUAUUUACCAUAUUUGUGACUAUUGUAUUUACCAUAUUAGUGACUAGUGUAUUUACCAUAUUUGUGAUUAUCGUUUUUACCAUAUUUGUGACUAGUGUAUUUUCCAUAUUUGUGACUAUUCGAUUUAUCAUAUUUGUGACUAUUGUAUUUACCAUAUUAGUGACUAUUGUAUUUACCAUAUUUGCGACUAUUGUAUUUACCAUAUUAGUGACUUGUGUAUUUACCAUAUUUGUGACUAUUGUUUUUACCAUAUUUGUGACAAUUGUCUAUCUCAGAUCAAGGUCCUCAACAAAGAAUGGCAAUGUUCAGAGCGCACGCAAGAGAUCCAAGUACAUGUGUAUCUGAUGGAUAAAUUUAACCAUUACGACAAAACACUAACACAGACUUGCUACCUUGUUUUGAAUGAAACCAAUGCCCUGGCCGAAGGAUCUAUUAUAGGGAGAACUGUUAGUAGACCUAAUUAUUAUGUCAAUUUUAAGGAGUACGGUUAGAAGACCUAAUUAUUAUGUCAAUUUUAAGGAGUACGGUUAGAAGACCUAAUUAUUAUGUCAAUUUUAAGGAGUACGGUUAGUAGACCUAAUUAUUAUGUCAAUUUUAAGGAGUACGGUUAGAAGACCUAAUUAUUAUGUCCAUUUUAAGGAGUACGGUUAGAAGACCUAAUUAUUAUGUCAAUUUUAAGGAGUACGGUUAGAAGACCUAAUUAUUAUGUCAAUUUUAAGGAGUACGGUUAGAAGACCUAUUUAUUAUGUCAAUUUUAAGGAGUAUGGUUAGUAGACCUAAUUAUUAUGUAUAUUUUAAGGAGUACGGUUAGUAGACCUAAUUAUUAUGUCCUUUUUAAGCAGUUAAGUUAGUAGACCUAAUUAUUAUGUCCAUUAUUAUUCGGAUGUCCUUGUUUCUUAGUUUGAAAUAAACAUUUUAAUGAGAGGAUAAUUAAUUAAACAUUUUUCACACACCAACCCACCCAGCCACAUACACUGCCACACCUAGCUACACACACCGACCCACCAAGCUACAUACCUGACCUCCUUCCAUUCACACAGUCACACACCAGCCCUUCCAGCCAGCCACACACAUCAACCAACCCACCUACCCACACACCAGCCCACCCACAUACACCAACCCAUCCAGCCACAUACACCAACCCAUCCAGCCAUGUACACCAACCCACCCAGCCACAUACACUAACCCACCCAGCCACGUACACCAACCCACCCAGCCACUUACACCAACCCACCCAGCCACGUACACCAACCCACCCAGCCACUUACACCAACUCACCCACAUACACUAACCCACCCACCCAUAUACACCAACCCACCUAGCCACAUACACCAACCCUCCUAGCCACAUACACCAAUCCACCUAGCCAUAUACACCAACCCACCUAGACGCCAACAAGCCACACAGCCAAACAGACACACAAACACAAUGAUAAUCAUCAAGUAAAAAAAUAAGCUAACAAUUUAAUGUAUCACACCAGCCGCUUAUUUAAUUUGGUUCACAAAGUGAAAAGAUUAUUCCAUCAUUACAUUUUCAGUUAAAGAAUGUCCGCAUCCGAGACCCUCUCAUGAAACCAGAGACGACCUCCCCUUCUCACAAUGAGCCUCCGGCUAUAGUGACUGACCCAAGCUUGUUCUCAGAUCCUGGUGUGACCGUUGCACUGGUUCUCUCCCUGGUAGGCGGCUGCUGCUGUGCUGGACUUAUUACCUUGCAGGUGAUGGUCAUACCUUGACCUAAUUAACAUAUUUCAGGUGAUGGUCAUACUGUGACCAAAUUAAAAUAAUGCAGGUGAUGGUCAUAUAUAUUUAUCUAUUUAUAUAUAAAUAUAUUUAUCUAAUAAACACAACACAGGUCAUAGUCAUACCGUGACCUAACUAACAUAAUGCAGGUGAUGUCACACCAUGAUCUAAUUAACAUAUUUCAGGUGAUGGUCAUAAGAUGACCUAACAUAAUUAACACCCCAAGCAAAAUUACAAGAUCAGUUAAAAGUAAAUUGGGGAAUGGAUGAAAAUUUUUUAAUCUGGAUUCAUUUUUUCAAAGAGGCUGAUUUUAAUUGUAAGUGAAUUACACAGGCAAUGAACUAAUGAGGCUUUGUCAUAUUUAGACAGACAAAGGAAACAUUUUAAAAAAUAAAUUAAAUGUCUUAAAAAGAUAACUUCACUACUUUACAGGUGAUCUUCCGGCGCCGGAAUAGAGAACGGCACAAUUUUAAUCCGACAUUCAACCGUUCACACAGCGCCUCAAGCCUUGACUCUAUUCAGCUGUCAUCUGUCACCAAGUCGAGACCCAACAGUGGAUUGUUCAACCCAGGUCUCGACCUGACUGACUCUGUAAGUCCUUGAAUACAAUUAAUAACCUGGCUUCAGAGUAAUAUUUCUAGUGACCAAUACCUAUAAGGACCAAUACCUGCAAUGACUAAUAACUGUAAUGACAAAAACCUGUAACAACCAAUACCUGUAAUGACCAAUAUCUGUUAUGAACAAUAACUGAACUGAUCAAUAAUUUUAAUGAUCAAUAACUGUGACAAUUUUCAAACGGAUUGAUACCAAAUCUGCAGAGAUUUGGUUUCUGGAAUAAGUAACAACUACCUGCAAUAUUGUACCAGCCAUGUUGUAUGGUAGCAUUAUUGUACCUGUAAUAUUGUACCAUAAUAUAUACCCUGUAAUAUUGUAUAGUGGAACCUCGCUAUAACGCGCCCCGCCAUAACGCGAAUUCGGAUAUAACGCAGUCGUAACAUGGCUCCCAAAAUUUGAAAUUCAUUUACUCCAUCAGGCCUAAGUUCUUUGAAAAUUUUAUCCAUUGCUUGGAAAGCCAUUUUUUAAAGCGAAAAAAAUCACAACUUUUCAAAAUAUCGUAGAAAAUGAGCCCCUAAACACACCAUGUUCAAACUAGUAUCAAAAUUAAUGUUGAAAACGAGGCUUUCUUCUGGUAGAACUAUAAAUAGUAAUACUUAAGGGAUUUCCGCUGUGAUUCGAAUGAAAAUACGCAAUCCCCGCUUUUAACGCGAUCCCAUUUUAUGGACCCCGAUCAUCGCAUUAUAGUGUAAUAUUGUAAUAUUGUAUCUGUAAUAUUGUACCUGUAAUAUUGUACCUGUAAUAUUGUACCCAUAAUUUUGUACCUGUAAUAUUUUACCUGUAAUAUUGUACCUGUAAUAUUGUGCCUGUAAUAUUUUACCUGUAAUUUUGUACCUGUAAUUAUGAACUUUUACUAAAUGUUUGUCCACGUAACUUUCCCCAGCUCCAACCAAGUCACCCACUUAACUUCAUGCAGUUGUCCAACUUUUGUGCUAAUGAAAAACGCAUCAGUGAAGAAUUCCAGGUAACAAAGUAGAUCUCUAAACUAAAUAGAUCUGUUAUAGAUCGGUAAAUAGAUCAGUAAAUAGAUUGGUAAAUUAAUAUGUAAAGAGAUCAGUAAAGAGAUAUGUAAAUAUAUCUAUAUGUAGAUAUGUUAAAUAGAUCAGUAAAUAGACAUAUAUAUUUAGAUCUGUAAAUAGAUCUGUAAAUAAAUAUAUAUGUAGCUCUUUAAAUAGAUGAGUAAAUAAAUCUAUAUAUAGAUCUGAAAAUUGAUAUGUAAAGAGAUGUUGUAACAUUACAAUAUUAAAACAUAUUUCAUCUUUUAAAAUAAAAUAUAUUUAUAUUGUAUUAAAGUGUUUUAAAAAGAAUUAUUAUGAAUGCCUUAACCCCAGUUAGUAAAGCCCUUCCCAUCUUUUCCAAGCACUGAAUCCACCAAAAUAUGUUAAAAACAUUUCAUUUUUAUUGAAGUCUAAGGGCUCAGCAAUCAGCUAAUGAAUUUGUUCCUGCAGACAUUGUUGAUUCUUUUUAAUUUAUAAUGUAAUCUGUUUGCUCUUAGUGAAUUUAAAUUAAAAAUUUGGUUAUACAAUUUUCACUAUACAUUAACUAAUGUUACCUCUUAAAUAAUGUUUUUAUACAUUAAAAUUAAAGAUGUUUCAUUUAAUCUGUUGCUAGAAGUAAGAUGUUUCAUUUAGUCUGUUGCUAAAUUUCAUCAAUCAGCAACUGCCAAGUCGAAUGCCACGUCUGUCUGUUGUACCAACAGGAGAGGAAGAUAAAAACAGAUACGCCAACAUACUGCCAUGUAAGCCAAACAUUCUGCCAUAAAUGGUCACAGAUUUUUUUUACAGAUUUUCUCAUGAAUGGGGGAAUAUCGGUAGUUAAAAAAAAAAGAGUAAUUGUCUUUCAAAAAUAGGAAUGAAAGAAUAUACAGGAACUAUAGGACAUCACAUUCUUUGUCCAGUGACUAUAGGACAUCACAUUCUUUGUCCAGUUACUAUAGGACACCACAUUCUUUGCCAACCCAUUAGAUCUAUUUCUGUUCAUCCUACAGUGGCCCAGACAAGAGUUACAUUAUUACAAGAUGGACCUGAGCCAAGACCCACUUACAUAAAUGCCAAUUACAUCACAGUGAGUAUAUUAGGCACAUAAAUGAAUUCUGUAUUUAUUUAAAAUCCUGGCACAUUUAAAAGUGUCAAACAAUUUCAUUGAAGUUUUCUCACUAUCUUAAAUUUACAGUGUGAACCAGCCAUUCAUUGAUGUUUUAACUUAAAAUCAUACUAAUAAGAUGUAUUGAAUUAUACCAAUAAGUUUGACUGAAUUAUACCAAUAAGUUUUACUGAAUUAUACCAAGAAGUUUUACUAAAUUAUACCAAGAAGUUUUACUGAAUUUUACCAGAAAUUUUUACUGAAUUAUACCAAUAAGAUUUACUGAACUAUACCAAUAAUUGUAAUGAAAUUUACCUAUAAGCUUUACCUAUAAGCUUUACCUAUAAGCUUUACUGAAUUAUAACCAAUAAUAUCAAUAAGUUUUACUGAAUUAUACCAAUACCCCACAUACCCCCGGUAUACAUUUUACUUUCAUUUAACUAUAAAAAUAUUUUUUUGGUCGAAGUUGUAACCUUGGAAUGAACACUAAAAUGACCACUGAAAUGACUGGUUGACCUCUAACAAUUGGUUAGAAUCUCAAAGCUGUAUGAACUAACUCAGAAAUGUUUUCUUUUUUCGAUCAGGGUCCAAACAACGAGGCUCAGUAUUACAUAGCCACCCAAGCACCAACUCAAACAACCAUUCAUGACUUCUGGACCAUGGUGUGGCAACAGAACUCAAGGGCCAUCAUCAUGUUGACCCAGAUGGAGGAAGAUGGCCAGGUAUCCGUAACAUUAUAUGGGAGUAUAGAGAUUUAGAAAUUCUUUGAAAUAGGAGUUGUAAAAUAUUGAAACACAAAGAUCAAUAUCAUCUCAUUAAGAUUUAACAUAUUCACUGGAAGAAAGUUUUUCAGUUCAUUUUAGUGAAAUAUUAAUUUGUACUUUUUUAACAGAGUUCUCUCUCCUGAAUUCAAAUUUAAUUUUUACCUCAAGAUACUAUUCCACAGCAGUUAAUGCGAGGUCUCCCCCCUCCACCCCCCUUUCCCCCAUGUUUUCUCCUGGCUGGUUUAACCUUCUAUUUUGUCUCUAUUAAGUCCAAAUGUGCCAGCUACUGGCCAGAACUUGUUGGGAAAAGCGCAGCACAAAAAUUUGGUGACUUUUUGAUAGAGCUUAAGCAGAAAGAUGUGCAGCAAGAAUACAUCACCUCACAACUUGAGAUCCACCAUCUGAGAGUAAGUCUGAUACAAGGCUUUGAUGUAAUUGUGUUUAUCAUCCUUUGGUUGUGUUUAUCAUCCUUUGGUUGUGUUUGUGAUCCUUUCCAUAUUCCAUUUCAUGUUUGUUUAUAUUUUGGUAUAUAAUAAUUUAAUUUCAUAAUCAAAUGACACAUACUUAGUAAGCAACUCACUAAAAUGUAAUGUGGCAAUCAAAUGACACAUACUUAGUAAGCAACUCACUAAAAUGUAAUGUGGCAAUCAAAUGACACAUACUUAGUAAGCAACUCACUAAAAUGUAAUGUGGCAAUCAAAUGACACAUACUUAGUAAGCAACUCACUAAAAUGUAAUGUGGCAAUCAAAUGACACAUACUUAGUAAGCAACUCACUAAAAUGUAAUGUGGCAAUCAAAUGACACAUACUUAGUAAGCAACUCACUAAAAUGUAAUGUGGCAAUCAAAUGACACUAUAUUUAAGAAGAGGCUCACUUAAAGUUAAGGCAAUCAAAUGAAUUAAACUGCAGAUGUCAUCUGUCUAUGAUAUGAAUUAAACUAUAGAUAUCAUCUGGCAAUGAUAUGAAUUAAACUGCAUUUGUCAUCUGGCAAGAUAUGAAUUAAACUACAGAUGUCAACUGACAAUGAUAUAAAUUAAACUACAGAUGUCAUCUGGCAGUGAUAUGAAUUAAACUAUAGAUGUCAUCUGGCAAUCAUAUGAAUUAAACUACAGAUGUCAUCUGGCAAUGACAUGAAUUAAACUACAGAUGUCAUCUGGCAAUAUGAAUUAAACUGCAGAUGUCAUCUGGCAAUCAUUUGAUUAAAACUGCAUUUGUCAUCUGGCAAUCAUAUGAAUUAAACUACAGAUGUCAUCUGGCAAUGAUAUGAAUUAAACUAUAGAUGUCAUCUGGCAAUGAUAUGAAUUAAACUACAGAUGCCAUCUGCAAUGAUAUGAAUUAAACUACAGAUGUCAUCUGACAAUAUGAAUUAAACUGCAGAUGUCAUCUGGCAAUCAUUUGAAUAAAACUGCAUUUGUCAUCUGGCAAUCAUAUGAAUUAAACUACAGAUGCCAUCUGGCAAUGAUAUGAAUUAAACUGCAGAUGUCAUCUGACAAUCACAUGAAUUAAACUGCAGAUGUCAUCUGGCAAUCAUUUGAAUAAAACUGCAUUUGUCAUCUGGCAAUCAUAUGAAUUAAACUGCAGAUGUCAUCUGGCAAUGAUAUGAAUUAAACUGCAGAUGUCAUCUGGCAAUGAUAUAAUUAAACUGCAGAUGUCAUCUGGCAAUGAUAUAAUUAAACUGCAGAUGUAACUUACAAACAGACAUGAAACAUGAAACCAAAUAAACUCAAACUAUUAUUUUCAUCAGUUCUGUAAUUCAUUCAUGUCUUUCAUUUAACCUGAAAACUCUAAAUUCUCUGCAAAAUAUAUUCACUGAUGUAAUGAUGACAAACAUUCAGCUCCUGCUAUAAAUAGAUCUAGUUUUUUCUUAUAUAAAUAAUCUACUUUUUUUCAAAUAUAAAUCAUAUUUUAUUAGAUUAUAAAAGUAUAAGUAAUUUUUAAAAUGAAAGCAAAUUAGCAAAUCUCAUUACCUUCAGAAAAUUGAAAAAAGAGAAGUCUAUCAUUUUUGGUAUACCUGUUGGCCUGCUCAUGGUCUGCCAGAGCCAAUCUCAUUGGUUAAAUUAGUUUUGGAUACAAGACCCAAGUAUGAAGGCAGUGGAUCACCUUUAAUUGUACACUGCAGGUAAGCAUGACAGUACAUGUACGUUGCAGGUAGGCUUGAGGAAACUACUUCAAGUGUACACUAAAAAUAUUAUUCGUAUUCUUUCUAAGAAUUGUAUAAGGAUGUUUUUAAAAAUUAGAUAAUGUAUCAAGCAUUGACAUUUAAAAAAAUAGGCUUGGAAUGACUUCUUAAAAAAAAUUAGAGAUCAGAUUCUUAUAUUUUUAUAAUCUUUGUGUAUUGAUGCUAAAUGAUAAUUAUAUUAGUGUGUUGAUACAAAACUUUAUGGUUGGACAGCUAGUCAUCUAGCAUCACAACAUGUAACAUUGACACCUGUGUUCCUCUGACAACUGUGUUACAUUGAUAUAAUUUUUGUAAUUUAAAUACUUUUUACUGAAUAAAAUUAUUUUUUUUCCUACUCAUUUUCUCAGUCCUGGAACUGGAAGAACAGGCACUUUUAUUGCCCUUGACCUUUGCAUGAGGCAGUUUGAAGAACGCAGAAUUGUUGAUGUCCUCAAAACUGUGUACUUAAUGCGGCAGGAAAGAGCUGGUGUCAUUCAGAACAAAGAACAAUAUUCCCUUCUUUAUAACGUAAGUAGGUUAAUUAAUAUAACUGGAUGGUGUUUAGUUUAGAGCAGGCCUGCAUAACUCAAAAUGUAUUGUGGGCCGCAAUACUUUAUAAUAAACAGUUCUGGCCAAAAAAAAAAAUAGGACAGUGGGGAAAACUAUUAUGAAAAUAAGAAUAUUUCAUUACUGCAAGGGCCACAAAGUGGAUGCUGGCGGGCUGCAUACGGCCUUAUCUUAUGCAGGUCUGGUUUAGAGAGUAUGUUGAAGGUUCUAGAGUCUAAGAAGUGAACUAAGCUCAAUCAGGACGUACAAGCUCUGGUUGUCUAUGGAUUAGGACAAUGGGAUAAUGUUAGAAGAAGUGAACUAAGCUCAAUCAGGACGUACAAGCUCUGGUUGUCUAGGAUUAGGACAAUGGGAUAAUGUUAGAAGAAGUGAAAUAGUUUUCACCAUUUUUGUUUAAAUGAGUGGUUCUCACAGACAGCAGCCAGUGCACAAUGAGUUAUUUGAAAUGAAAACCUGAUGCCCUUCAUCCUAAAGCAGAUUUUCUGAUUCUUUUUCCUUGCCUGACUUGAGCAUUGUUUUCUCAUAAGUUCCAGACAUUCGAUGGACUAGAUUUUACCCCCAUCUCCUUCCCCCACCCACACAGGAAAUAGUGGUCCACAAAUUUUACAUAAGUUAUCCGGUCAGCAGAUGAAAAAGGGCUGAGAACCACUGGUUUAAACUCUUCAGCAAAUUUACCUGGUGAAGUAAAAAAAAUUUUGCUUACUAUAGGCAUACAUUUUAUAAUUACAUAAUAAUAUAUCAAAUACAUCUUUAAACGCGUAAGACAUUUGCUCUGUCAUUUUAUGUAAUAAUUUAUAAACCUAUCUCAUGUGUAAUUUGUGAUUUAAAAAUAAAUACUUCGUAUUACAAAUGUGAUAAGGAUGCAGCUAGUAACGUCACUCAGUGGCAAGGCCACCCCAGAUGACAGCAACAUCAGUGAUGUCACCAUCUGCAGCAUUUAGUUUGUUUUUUUACCUGUUAAAAUGUAUUUGUAUGUUUUCAGGCUAUGAAUGAAUAUGCAACAAUAGUUGUGAGUCCAGUUGUAUCUGCAGCCUCAUCAGCAACAACAUUACAUGCACUGCUGUCAAGUUGAGAGAAAAGAUCAACUUUGGUGACAAGUUUAAAGAAAAGAUCAACUUUGGUGACAAGGUGAAGAAAAGAUCAACUCUGGUGACAAGCUAACCUACAGCAAUGCAUCUUACUGUCAGCCAAAACUUAAACAUAUUUCCCUUUUAGUUGCAGGUAUCAAACAACAGUGUUGGUCCACACUUCAACUUGAUUUGUAUUUAAUGCGCAAGGAGUUAAAGGAGUUAAAGCUCGGUCUGAAAGUCUUGGACGCUUUGUGAUUAAGACGUAAAAUGAAUGAAACAUAUUCUGUUUCAAGGUGGUGAUUUGUGUGGGGAUAUGACAUUUCUCCUUUCUGUUCUUAAAGUGGCUGCCAAACAGUUUUAAACAUAGAUGAACAAAUCGGUUUUAAAGUGGCUGCCAAACAGUUUUAGUUGAAAAAAAUUAUAUUAAAACUUUAUUUGUCAUUGCUACCUGAACAACUUAAACAAAACAACAACAACAUUAAACG